AUGGUGGAGGUAUCGUUAACCGUGGGCAAGCUCGAUGCAUCGCUUGCACUUCUCCUUACCAAGGAUCAUCAUAUGAUUGAAUUUCCAACGAUUUUGCUUCCAAAUGGUGUCAGGGCCGGUUCGAUUGUGAAAAUAAGAUGCGACCAAGACGUUGAAACUGAAAAACAAGAAGCUGCCAGGUUCCAGAAGGUUCAGGACGAGAUUCUCGAGACGUUUGGCAAGAAUAUUCCCAAAGCUCCCGUGCUCAAAGUCAAAAAUACCACACAAACUUCGUGUAUUUUGGAAUGGGAACCACUUGAUUUGGGAAUGGCCACGUUGAAAAACCUCGUUUUGUAUAAAGACGGCCGCAAGCUCGGAGCUAUACCUCAGCCGUUGACCAACAGAACCUCCAAGUUGUCUGGAUUGCCCAUUGACAAAACAUUCCGUUUCCAAUUGCGGUUGGACACCACUGCCGGUGUGUACCAUUCUCAAGAAGUGGAGGUAACUACCCAUAAAAUGACCGAUUUGUCGGGUAUCACCAUCUGUUUGGGCGACAUGUCACCCAAUGAUCCCUUUACCGACACAGAUAUCGAAGCUGCGCUCAAGAAUAUGGGAGCACAUUAUCCUCCGCAACGCCUGGUGCAAGUGGACACCACUCAUUUUGUGUGUACCCGAGAAAACAAACAGAACCCAGAGUUUGUGCGGGCGGGUGAGAUGAACAUUCCUAUAAUCCGUCCGGAAUGGCUCAAGGCGUGUGAACGUGAACGUCGUAUUGUAGGUGUACGAGACUUUUAUGUGAAAGACUGCGUAUUGCCGGAUAUAUUUGCGAGAAAUUACUGGGCUGACAAGCAAGAACCAGAGGCACCGAAGGUUACUGGUUCGCUUGAGUCCAAACCGCAACCCGAAGUCCCAGAAACAAAAGAAACUGAGGCAGAAACAAAAACCGAGACUGAAGUUCCAGAAACUAAAGUAGCUGAAGCAGAAUCUAAAGAAGCUGAGGAAGAAACUGAAACAAAAUCUAAAGAAACUGAAGCAGAAUCUAAACCUGUUGAACAAGAUCCUCAAGUAUCUGUAGAGGCUGAACCUGAAAUCAAGCCAGAAGUUGCUGAACCUGACACCAAGCCAGACGUUGUUGAACCUGAGACCAAAGCAGAAGUUGCUGAACCCGAACCCAAAGAGGAACCAGAGAAAGCUGGUGUCGAGGCUGAUGUGACUGAUAUUGCUGAAGCUGGCGCUUCGGACAACGGUGUGGCGCCUCCAACUCUCAAUGACGUGGUAGGUACAGACGCUCCUGCUCCUGAAACUGGGGACGUUGGUACAGCUUCUGAGACUGAGAAAGCUGGUACAGCUCCUGAAACUGAGGACGUUGGUACAGCUGAAACUGAGGUCCCCCACACAAAGGUCAUAGAUACAACCACAGCAAAUUCCGCCGCUGAUGUGGAGAGAGUGAGUGAGGCAGCAGAGCCGGAGAAGGAGGAGGAGAACGAGGAAAAAGAGGAGGAGAAAGAGGGUACCCCGGAUACCGACGACAAGAAGAGUAAGAAAAAGAAGAAGAACAAGAAGAAGGGAAAGAAGUAG